CGGCGAAGGCCCAGCAGGCACCGCGCGGGCCCCCGCCGCCGCCAUCUUGGGGCCUGCGGCCGCCAUGGCGUCCUGGGCGCUGAGCGCCGCGCUGCUGUGCCUGGGCGGCGCCCUCGCCUACUCCCUCAGGGAGGGCUCCAGCCCGGCGCUGGGACUGGCCACCAUGCCGGGACCACCAGAAGAGGAGCAGCCGGUCACGAAGGAUUGUGGAAUAGCACCACUUAGAGGUGCCAUUGAAGGGUCUCGGAUUAUAGGAGGUACACAAGCUGACACUGGUGCGUGGCCAUGGCAGGUUAGCCUGCAGGUUCAAGACGGCAAUUUUCUUAUGCAUGUCUGUGGUGGUGCCUUGGUGAGAGACAGGUGGGUCCUCACAGCCGCUCACUGCACGAAAGAGGCUAGAGAUCCUCUGAAGUGGAGAGCAGUGAUGGGGACCAAUGACCUCAACCGGAGCCGCUACCACACCAGGCACAUACGAAUAACAGCCAUCAUCAUCCCACCAGAUUUCAUUAUGGAAACUUUUGUAAAUGAUAUCGCACUGUUCCGUUUAAAGAGAGCCGUGAGGUAUAAUGACUAUAUUCGGCCCAUUUGUCUACCUUUUGGUGUUUUCCAAAAACUGGACCAAAACACAACGUGUUUUAUAAGUGGCUGGGGAAGAACCAAAGAAGAAGGCAAUGGCACCACCAUUUUACAAGAGGCGAAAGUACACUUCAUCUCUCGGGAGAUUUGUAACUCUGACAGGAGCUACGGUGGAGUGGUUCCUAACACUUCAUUCUGUGCAGGUCAUGAAAAUGGGACCUUUGACUCGUGCAGGGGUGACAGCGGUGGACCGCUAAUGUGCUACCUACCAGAACACAAAAGAUACUUUGUGAUGGGAAUUACCAGCUAUGGACACGGCUGUGGGCAGAGACAUUUCCCUGGUGUCUACAGCAGCCCAUCCUUCUUCAGGCAGUGGCUGACACAUUAUUUAUCACAGGGAAACACCAAGCGCCUGUUUAAUAUGGACACGGCGCUCGGCCAGGUCCUCAUAGCCAUAGGUUCAAUCAUCCUUCUAGGUGUAACCUAAGGGACCUCUGCGGGCCGAGCUGUUGCUCUGCCCCUGCUCUGUCCACACAAGAACGUUGUUACAUGGCUCACUCUAGUGCUUCCAUGUCAACACUGCGUUGGUUUUGGUCUUGUUUUAACAAAAAGGAUUGUGAAUUUUGGCACCAAAUCCCAUGUUUCUUCAUUAGAACCUGAUUCAUAAUUCUGUAUUUGGAUUACUUUCCUUGGGCUUGUAUAAAAUAUUCAGUUCACUAUGUACUUUAUGUGUACACAGGCCAAUAAACAGUUUAUAAUUUAACUGAAAA